AUGCGUAGAGAGUGGUUCUCCCCUAGGACGACCCAGGCGGCGGGGAUGAAGGUCUAUAUCAACACGACACAGUACGUGUGUUGUUUUUUCUCGGCGUAUCCUUCUGCUGAGUAUUCUACCGCAGUGAUGAAGUGUCUGAAUGUAGUUGCUGAGGUAAUGGACCUUCCCGGGCGGAGGAGGACGGGUCGUGAGUUGCCACUCUCCGAGCUUCCUUUUCCGUUCUCCGGUUUUGCGCCCGUCUCUUCAGUCCCUCCUGCGAUGUUCUAUGGGAAUGUGCCCGCGACGACUGCAAAUUAUGGGUUUCCGACGUUUUCGGGCUCUCAGGUGCCGUUCGCGAAUAGAUCGAUUGGGGAAGUUUAUGCGCCUUGCUAUAACUACGCGCCGGCCGCAUACAACUACUGGGCUCCAUAUGAGGUUGCACCCAGGGCGUUUGUAGGGGAGCCGUUCAUGUCUGGGAAUCAUGCGCUCGGGGGAUGA